UCCAUCUUAUAAAGUCUCCAAUCUUCCACUUCUAUGCAUUUUGCAUCGCCCGGAUAUAUGUUGGUCCUUGAUGUUUUUCUCAGCAGUGGUCAGAGAAACCUUGCUGAAGUAUGUCACAUGGUGGGUGACUGGCUGCUGACCCGGCUACACAUGGCAGCAGCACCGACAAGGUAAACAUCUACUGAAGACCAGGGGGUAGAGGUGCGAGGAGGAAGCGGACACGGGUCGGGGUCGCGCUGUUUUUCCACACAGAAGCCUCCAUCGAUACGAUGCUCGUACUCCAUGAGGGUCAGGUGCGUGAUCCUCCCCGAGCCAGUGUGCGGCCUUCAGCCAGCAGGGGGCGCAGCUGCUAAACAUUUCCAGCUCUACUGGCCAUGAGUAGCCCGUCUUUUCCCUUCCGUGUAGCUUUCAGCGACAGGGGGCGGGCUCGGCGGCAGCCAAUCAGCGCGCACGGUGUGAUAGCAACAGAGCAGAAUGUGCAGUAGUGAAGUGAGCAGGGGAAGCCGAGCGGAGAACCGGAGGGGAAACUAGGACGUUCCGCGGUAUGACCCGUGUGUGGCGGACUGCUGAACAUGGCAAAGGUUCAGGUGAACAAUGUCGUGGUGCUGGACAACCCGUCUCCAUUUUACAACCCUUUCCAGUUCGAGAUCACCUUCGAGUGCAUAGAGGACCUCUCGGAAGAUCUGGAAUGGAAAAUAAUUUAUGUGGGAUCUGCUGAGACCGAAGAGUACGACCAGGUACUAGACUCUGUGUUAGUAGGCCCCGUACCCGCAGGACGUCACAUGUUUGUAUUCCAGGCGGACGCUGCAAAUCCUGGACUUAUCCCAGAUGCUGAUGCGGUUGGCGUCACAGUUGUGUUAAUUACUUGUACAUACAGGGGACAAGAGUUCAUCAGAGUUGGAUAUUAUGUUAAUAAUGAAUACACUGAAACAGAGUUACGGGAAAAUCCACCAGUGAAACCAGACUUUUCCAAGCUUCAAAGAAACAUACUGGCAUCAAACCCCAGAGUGACAAGGUUUCACAUCAACUGGGAGGACAACACCGAGAAGCUAGAUGAACUAGAGAACAGUAACCCCAACCUACAGUCUAUGCUUUCCACAGAAGCCAUACCAUCUGCAUCAAAAGGCUGGCCCACCUCCGAGAACUCACUCAACGUCAUGCUAGAAUCUCACAUGGACUGUAUGUGACCUGCAGGACUAGUUUAUAGGAUUUCUAUUCCCACAUUUAGGAGAAGGCAUUCACAAAACCUACAACAAGAACACUUUCAGACGGAAAUACAAUUUGAACUCGGAACUAUUUUUCUAACUGGCUUACCAUCAAAACUAGUAAUUUCAUUACUCUGUAAUACUAGUGGGAUGGGGCUAAAGCUAAAAGAAAAAAAAAAUAAGGUUUGUAUUUAUUUUUACGUGGUUACCAACGUUUGCUCUGCAUUAGUGCUUUGAAAUAAACUAACUCAGUUACC